AUGAAUUUUGAGCAACUUGUGUUGAGAAUUCGUGUGGAAGAAGAUAACAUAUUGAAUGAGAAGGCAGAUGCAAAUUCCUUGGAACCAAUUGCAAACUUUGUUGGAGAAGCAAGUACUUCAAGGACAAAGCACAAAAACAAGAAAGGGAAGCAAGGCUCCAAAAACUCCUCCAAAGAUGGCAAAAAUCAUGGCCCAAACAAGAAGAAUUUCAAGAAGAAUUCUGGUCCAUGCUAUGUUUGUGGCAAAACUGGACACAAGGCCAAAGAUUGCAGAUUUAGGAGGAGUCAAGGAGGAAAUAAUGGAGGAAACAAUGGAGGGAACAAUGGAAACAAUGGUGGUAAUUCUGGUGGAGGAAAUUCUGGUCAAGCCAACAUGGUUGAAUCACCAAAUCAGUUUGUUGCUAUGAUUCAAACCAACAUGGUUAACAAUUAGAACUACAACUCACAACCAAAAAUCGAAGUUUUUCUUUUUUCAUUGUUGCUCUUCAAAGAAAUGGAAAGGUUGAAUUCAAAGCUCUACAUGGAGAACUGUUUGAUAAUGCAAGAGAAUGAGAAACUGAGGAAGAAAGCGCAACUUCUUAACCAAGAGAAUCAAGCAUUAUUGUCUCAGUUGAAGCAAAGGCUCACCAUGGGUAACCAAAAUGUCAAUAAUGCCCCUGACUCCUACGCUGACCUCAGCCUUAAUACCAAAGCUACUUCAAGUUCAAGGAAGCCUUGAAGAAGAAAAAACAGUUAAAUGACUAAAGUGGACAUGAAAAUCAUCUUUUGGGACAUCAUCUCACUACCCUCUUUGAUGUUUUUGUUCUACUGAGAAUAGCAUAGGAAUCAAAGGAAC